AUGUGGAUCCAAAUCUUCCUAUGUAUCUUAUGCCCAAGGUACAUCAACUUAACAUCUGAGGGUCUAUACCUAUGGCCUUCCAAGGAGAACCCUGGGAUCAUUUUCAAUGAGAUCACCAACGUCCAUAUCACGGAAAGAAAAUGGAGAAUAAUUUCGACAAUAGAGAUCGGCGGACUAAUCCACAUUCAACCUUGGCAUUCAAUUAUACCUACCUCGGAUCUGGAUUCCACGCAAAAAUGCCUCUCAUUUUUCACAAAGACGGAAUGCGCACUGCUUCUGAGAUCGGAGAGUCUCGAGAACUUAGAAAGAGACAGACAAAAUUUAGUCAGUCGGCUACAACAGCUACUCUCGGAAACUUUACCUAUUACAGAGGCAGACAUCCGCACUCGAAGAUCACCUUGGUUCGGUUUUGUGGGAAAAAUUGCCCGUAAAGCAUUCGGUGUCAUGGACUACGACGAUUUCGAACAUUUUUCUAAAGAAAUAGACAGACUAUACAACGACCAAAGGGAAAUUACAGCCCUAAUAAACAAUUCGACACACGUCAUAAAAUCAAAAAUCAAUCAAAUACUUUCUGACGAAGACGACACUCGACACCGGGUGUACUCCUUGGUGGGGCAAUUGAACACGUACUGGCCACAAAUACAACAUGAAGAGAAAAAAUUAAGUUUUCGAAUAAACCUCAUACAGAUGGCUCAAGAAUAUGAAUAA